AUGCGUUACUGCUCUAACUCCACUGGCUACUUCUCUCUUGCGUCCUCGAAGUGGUUAACAAGCCGUUCGCCGGGACUUACCACCCCCGCCAAAUAUGAUUUGCCCAUGUUGCACUACCAUCCUUUACUGCCUCCUUGGGAGCCCUUUUCGCAACCCUCUCUCCUUGUUGAAGGGUGCGAGUUGCUAGCCCCUAAUGACAAAUCUGUCCGUAUCUUUGUUGCUGCUGCAACGUCACGCGGUCCUUAUCGGGGUUGCUGCGUGGCGACUAGCCAUACUAAAAUCAAGGAUUUAGUAAAUGGACCUGUUCCUUCCAUCGACUGUGCAUUUCUUGCUUUACAGCUUACGGUUCUGUUUGCCAUUACGAUGGCUUCCCGUGUAGUAGAAGAGGGUUUCAAUGUAGAUAUAAUUGCCAUCGACCCUUCUGCCUUUACUUUCUCUCGCCAUUUCUCCAAACUUUCUCUAAUCAAACGCCUCUGUCUAGAAAUGCUUGCCCCCUCUCGAGACAGGAUACGGUUGAUUAAUUGCCAGCUCUCAAAGUCUGUAGGCCUUCAGCUUGCCUUCGCUGGCUGUCCACUUCCGGGAGACAGUCUUCAUAACCUCCCUAAGUUACUUCCAUCUAAAUCUUCAGCUCGACUCUCGAUUAAAAAGAUAGCCGACGAAUUGUGGGAUUCGGAAUGGCAGAGCUGCUCAAAUGGAAAAAAGACAAAGAAAUUUUUCCCAACGAUAGAGUCCGCCAGACUAAUUCCCUCUCACCUGCUCUGCCGUCAGAUCACGCAAGUCCUUACCGGCCAUUCUCUCCUCAAGGAACAUCAGUUCCGUUUUAAAUUUGCCAACUCUCCGGUCUGUACCUGUGGUAGUCCUACGGAAACAGUGGAGCAUUUUAUUUUUCACUGUCCGCUCAUUUGCACACAACGUCUUCCCUUCACUGAGACUUGCAUCUCUACUGAUGGUUCUUGGCCUCGGCCUUUGCAUUCCAUUCCAUCUAACCCCAUUUUAUGGGUAGCCUUUUGGCAGUUUGUGCGCUCAACCAAACGACUAAUGUGGAACUAG